UAUAUAUAUAUAUAUAUAUAGCUGUUCCACUCAUUAGUCCUACUUUAUACUAAAUAUAUCUACACUAUAUUUAUACAUAUCAAAAGGACAACAUAAAUCUCCACUUUAGAUGGACUUGAAGAUUCAAGAUCAUGAGAAACUAAUCUCAAUCAAAGUUGAAGUUGAAUCAUUAUCACUAGAAAUUGAUGAUUCAAUCUCCAAAGAAGAAAAACACUAUAUAGGAGUCCGAAAACGGCCAUGGGGAAAAUUUGCAGCUGAAAUUAGGGAUUCAACAAGGAAUGGUAGAAGGGUUUGGCUUGGAACUUUUGAUACUGCUGAAGAAGCUGCUAUGACUUAUGAUCAAGCUGCUUUUUGCAUGAGAGGUCCUUCAACUUGUAUGAAUUUCCCAGUGGAAAAAGUGCGCGAAUCGCUACAAAAAAUGGAAUGUAAUAACCUAAAAGAUGGAUUGUUAUCGCCAGCUGCAGCCCUAAAAGAGAAACACAAGAAGAGAAGUAGUAGUAGUUCAAGAAAGAAGCAAGUGAAUAUUAUUAAAGAAGAAGAGAAUGUGUUUAUAUUUGAAGAUUUAGGUCCUGAUUUAUUAGAUGAACUCUUAUCUGAGUAUUCCUCUUGUUCAAAUUAGUCUACUAUUUUCACAUCUGUAAGUAAAUCUUGUACUUCUCCUUGUUCUUGGUUUAAUUUACCAUUCUUUUUAUUUGGUU